AUGGUUAAGCAAGUCGCUGGUUCCAAGGUUCUCUUGCUGGGGUCGGGUUUCGUUACCAGGCCCACCGUCGAGGUUCUGAGCAAGGCUGAUGUCCAUGUUACCGUCGCUUGUCGAACUCUCGAAAAUGCCCAGAAGCUUUCCGAGGGAUUCAAGAACACCAAAGCCAUUGCUCUCGAUGUCAACGAUGCCGCCGCCUUGGACAAGGCUCUCGAGCAGGUCGACUUGGCCAUCUCUCUGAUCCCUUACACCUUCCACACCCUUGUCAUCAAAUCGGCCAUCCGUACGAAGAAGAACGUUGUCACGACGUCGUACGUUUCUCCCGCCAUGAUGGAGUUGGACGAGGAAUGCAGAAAGGCCGGUAUCACCGUGAUGAAUGAGAUUGGUCUGGACCCGGGUAUUGAUCACUUGUAUGCGGUCAAGACGAUCUCCGAGGUCCACGCGGAAGGUGGUAAGAUCACUUCCUUCCUCUCCUACUGCGGUGGUCUCCCCGCCCCCGAGUGCUCCGACAACCCACUAGGCUACAAGUUCUCAUGGUCUAGCCGUGGCGUGCUCCUUGCGCUCCGUAACGCCGCCAAGUUCUACAAGGACGGCGAAGAAUUCAGCGUUGCUGGCCCCGAUCUCAUGGCCACCGCUAAGCCCUACUACAUCUACCCUGGGUUCGCAUUCGUUGCGUAUCCCAACCGGGACUCGACUCCCUUCCGCGAGCGGUACGACAUCCCCGAGGCCCAGACCGUCAUCCGAGGCACGCUCCGCUACCAGGGAUUCCCGGAGAUGAUCAAAGCGCUGGUGGAUAUCGGCUUCCUGUCUGACGAGGCGCGCGAGUCAUUCAAAUCCCCCGUUGCCUGGAAGGAAGCGACGCAGGAGAUCCUAGGCGCCACUUCCUCCAAGGAGAAGGACUUGGAAUGGGCCAUUUCGUCCAAGACCUCCUUUGCCAACAACGACGAGCGCAACCGUAUCAUCUCCGGUCUGCGCUGGAUCGGCCUCUUCUCCGACGAGAAGAUCAUCCCCCGUGGUAACCCCCUCGAUACACUCUGCGCCACCCUCGAGAAGAAAAUGCAGUACGCCCCCGAGGAGCGGGACAUGGUCAUGUUACAGCACAAGUUCAGCAUCCAACACAAGGACGGCUCCGAGGAGACCCGCACCAGCACCAUGUGCGAAUUCGGCGUUCCGGGCGGUUAUUCUGCCAUGGCGAAGACAGUCGGUGUGCCCUGCGGUGUAGCAGUGAAGUUGGUGCUUGAUGGAACCAUCAGCAAAAAGGGUGUUCUUGCUCCCAUGACCAUGGACAUUUGUACACCUCUCCUGAAGGCUCUCAAGGAGGACUAUGGCAUCGAGAUGAUUGAGAAGACUCUGUAA